AUGCGCUUCUCCACCAUCCUUGCCCUCGUCACCUCCGCCGCCCUCGUCUCGGCCACGCCUUCCCCCGCCGACGCGUCGCUCGUCGCCCGCUCCGGCGACGGCAGCAUCUCGCUCGCCAAGCGUUCCGGGUGCGGCUCGACGGGCCCGCUCGGCGACGGCCACUUCAUCUGGUGGAUCACCGCCUCCUGCACGCCUGGCGAGGCGAAGACCUGCCAAGUCACGGACAAGACCGGCUGCCUCCCGGGUGACACCAGCAAGAUCGGCUCCGUCGAGGUCGACAACCCGGACGACACGACGCAGAUCGCGAAGAAGAGCGGCACGAACACGCUGCCCUUCACCUGCCCGUCGGGCGGGCAGGUCCGCUGCCAGGCCAACUUCAACGACAACGACGACGGCCCGGGCUACAGCCUCCGUGUUUUGCAACCGGACAGGACGAACGAUCAUGUCGACAUCAUCGACGAUGACGGCGGCCCCGACUGGGUCAACGUCGAUGAUAACAAGCAACCGAUACCUGAUCGCAAGCCCGAGGUUGCACCAUGGGACGGAAAAUGGCCCCUCUAUGCCGGCUACACGGGUCCGGAGAUCUUUAUCUAUAUCCCAAACGACAGCCCAUUCCGGCGAGGCGAGAUCAUGCGCGUGAAGACACGGACACUUAGUUCACUAUGCCUCAAAGACCGCAGCGCGUAG